AUGACGACUAUUCCGAACUCUGCUCGUCCACUUUGGUCUCGUUUAAAAGACCGUCUUCAACAGCUCAAUUUCUUCAGUGAUAUUGAAAAGCAGACCGCACACGACGUACGUAAUCAGUACCUGAGUACUCGUAUAUUUCUCCUUCUAUUCACCAUUGCACUUGUUUUACUGGUUCUCUAUACGUCAGUGGAACCAAUAUCUGUAACAGAAACCGUUCAGCGGCCAACUUUUUCUACAUACGAACGGCUGAAUGCACACUAUACACAGACACUUGUCUGUCCGUGUGAGACAAUCGCAAUUCCCUACGAUAACUUCGUCUCAUUUGGCCCCAAAUAUCAUCAGGUGUGUCAGUCAGAUUUCGUUAGUGAACGGUGGAUUGAAUAUCUUCUACGUUCACUAAAGUGGUUUCCUGCAGGCGGUCCAGCAUUUCAAGUUUUGGCAACAUUAUGUUUACUAUCGCAACAAAUUGUAAAGGAUGAAUUAUUAAUAUUCUAUUCUACUGCAUUCAUAACUGAUACAUUGGUAUCCAAAUUGACUUUUAAUCAGCAAGUCUUAGCGUUAACUAAUACGUUUAAAGAUAGAACUAAGACUUCAUUUACCACCACAUUAAGUUCAGUAAAAGAUCUAUUACAAUCCAACUCAUUGUUGACCGUACUACACACAAACUACAUUUUAGCACAUGCAGACGAUGAUAGUGCUUCACUUGUUGUAUUCACCUGUCUCUAUAACGGUGUAUGUUCGUGUGCACUAUCACCUUUAUGCGUACAAGAAGCUGGUAUCUAUCAGAAUGUGAAUGGCAGAUUUCAAAUUAUAUUUAAUAUUAGUAAUUUUUACACUGGUUGUUAUGUUGUUGAAGCUCUGCUUCAAUCGAGUCUUGCCUAUUUCUAUAAUCAAACGUCUAUGACUGAACUACAAUCAUACCUUGAUCUCAGUAAUAAUAGUGAGAAAUUCAAUGUAACAGCUCUUGACCUAUCUAUACCGAGUAAUUACGCACCGACAACAACAAUCGGUGAUCUACUCAAUAAGUUAAUGAUUGAAGACUGGAAUUUGCAGACAUCCUUUGAGUCUUGUUUCAAUGCGUGUCAACCACUAUUGUGUACCUACACGUACAGUGGACAUAAUGGUCUUAUCUAUGUCCUUACGACCACAUUUGGACUGAUUGGUGGAAUUGCAACAGUACUUUUUUUUCUGGUACCAUUGAUUGUUGGAAUUGUUCGAAAAAAUAAGAAUUCAGGCGUGAUUAUUGUAGACAAUACGGCUCAUAUUCAUCUCUAUAUAAUUCCAGGUUUCUAUAUGGGUUGCCACACUACUGAAUCACUAUUAUCGUCUACACUUGAAUGUUUCUUUGACCAGUCAUGUUUGGAUGCAAUCAAUACACAUGUGUACAACAUUUCAGAAUAUCCAUUUGAUGCAACUGUGUUAAAUUCAUCAUCUAAAAGUCAGUUUACCGUUAAUUCAACAUUACGUCAAAUUGUACAACAACUGAUGAUUGAAGAAUGGAACAGUGAAGUGUCGUUCGAUAAAUAUUAUAACUCGUGUACACCAGAGGAAUGUGCUUACACGUAUCAAAAACGUACAGAUCUAAUUUAUAUUCUAACAACGAUUACCGGUUUACUAGGUGGUUUAACGACGAUUUUUAAACUGUUGAUACCACCGGUGGUUGCAUUCUUCAGACGAAAGAAAGACCCGGGAGCCAGAGAAAGAGAAUCCUUACACGCAGAAAGGCUGUAUGUCGGAUGUUACAUAGUUGAUGCACUUCUGCAUUCUGAUCUUCGGUGCUUUUAUGAUCAAUCAUGUCUCUCUACAUUACUUAAUGCAACUCAAUAUCCGUCUGAUAAUAUAACCAGUCUGAAUGCAUCUGUUACAAGUCAAUACACGAUAACAACCAGCAUCGAUCAAUUAGUACGAAAUCUUCUGAUUGAACAAUGGAAUGAUCAGACAUCAUACGAAUCAUAUUUCGAUGCAUGUCAAUCACGAUUUUGCACUUAUUCCUAUAUUAGUAGUGCCACAUUGAUUUAUAUUAUCACAACAAUCAUCGGACUUAUCGGAGGACUUACCAAAGUUUUCAAAUUCAUUAUACCAUUAGCUGUACGAAUUGUCCGCCGUUACAUGUGGUCAUCUAUUAAACAAAAGUUGUCAUGGUUAGAUAUACAAAACAAUACGGUUGUACCAUUUCCUUCGGCAUCUACGAAUGCAAUUGACAAUGACAGACUCACAACAAUUUCCUAA